AUGUCGACAGAAUUUCGAACGCCGAAUGGGGACGCUUCGACAAUGGGUGACGCUCAAAUAGAUAUUAUGGUUCGGAAUCUGCGGCGACGCUUAUGGAGAGCCUUUCAAGAAGAUAAUGCUGAAGCUGCUCUCAGAACUUAUCAGGCAACCUUUGACGACUACGAACAAAUGAUCAAGGAAGAGGAGGAGGGAAAAGACAAGUUGGAAGGCGAUGCGGAAAGUCGCUCGAAAUCGUCACGGACGACGACUCGAAGAAGGGGGUCCGUAAAAAAAGAUGGAGAGUCCAAAAGUCGAUCCAAUUCCCGAGGUAGACCCAGUUUGGAAUCAGAAGACUUGGCGGCGGUGAUGGGAAUUAGCAUGGCGGCGGACAUUCAUCGACCCAUGAAAUCCAUUUUGCAAACGCGUAUGAAACCUUCGGAUCGAUUCAUUGCCGAUGAUUUUUUGAGCCCUUUUGCUAGCUAUGACAAACCGGCACAAACCAAACUGCCAGAUGUCAAAAAGGAGGAGGAGAAACGACGAAUAAGGAAACAGCAAAAAAAGGCAAGAGCGGCAUUUAAUGUAUUUUCGUUUCGAAAGGAUUUGAACAAUGUUCCGGAAAUCAAUCCUGAAGAGGCUGCUGCCAAUGAAGCAGCAGUUGAGGAAGAAGAUCCUAACAUGACAACUCCACUUCAUGAGGCGGCUCGACUAGGUUCAGGUUCCUUGCUACGAGUGCUACUAGGGAAUGGUGGAGAUGCCAAUUUCAAGAAUGGAAAGCAACGAACAGCACUGCACAAUUGUUGUGGUGGUGUCUCCAAGGACGAACAUCGAACUAUUGUAUCUUUAAAUUUACCAAAUGACAAAGACGUUGCCAAAGAAGCCGGAAUUCAAGCACCGCACAUAUCGAGAGAAAUAAUGGAUUUAAUGAAUGAGGAAGCGGAAGACAAGGAGAAAAAGAAAAAGGCCAAAAAGGGGGUUCGGAAAUUCAAAGCGGUGGGCAAAAUGUUGAUGAGAAGCAAUGCAUACAAGGCCUCUUCUGCUGAAGAUGAAAAGCCACAGAGUAAGCCGCGGAGGACACGACUGGACAAGAAUCAGUUGGCAGAUUUGGCAGUGGAUCGAAUUGAUGCAGCCUUUACGCUCUUGUCAUGGUCUCAGAAAUCGACUGGAGUCGGAGUAUCCUUGAAUGCUGUGGACGAUUUGGGUCGUUCGGCUCUGCAUUAUGCAGCGGAAAUGGGACGAUCAGAGAUUUGUAGCGCCAUUAUGUCAAACUUUGAGACCAUGUAUACCAUUGUCGACGAAAUUGGGUCUCGGACGCCCUGUGAGUGUGCGGCGCGUCAAGGGCACAAGGAGUUGGCUGCGCAAUUGGAAGCUAGGGCACUUUUGUACGUUGAUCCAAGUGGUCUGGACGAUGAGUUGAUGGCUUCUGUGGAGACACCCUAUACAGAUGAUGAAGACGGAAAUGCAUUGGCACCUCCUUUCAACUGGUUCAAGACAUUAAAGUCGAGUGAGGUACGGAAGGAACGAGAGAAACGAAUGGAGGGUGGUCUGGAGAGAAUGCGGGAAGCUAUACGACAGGUUGAAGCCGAUCCAAAAUCGAAACGAUAUCAAUCUAGUGGUUCGGACGAUGACGAGGAUUUGUCUCCCGAAGAAUUGAAAUUGCGCCGGGAGGCAGCAAAUGGAAAUGUAAAUUCGGUUAUUGAAGCAAUAGAAGGAGAUAGUGACGAAGCACCAGACUUUUCCCAACUUCAAGACUCGCAUAUCGAACGAUUCUUUGCAUACCAUCGAUGGGAUACCUACGAUGCCGUGGAUGCCUUCAAAAAGAACCCAUUCAAUGCAUUUAAAAAGGCUCAAAUUCAGAUCCCGUCGGCUCCAGUUGAAGAAACAAAAACAUCGGAAGAGAGAACUUGCCCUAUUUGUUUUGACACCAUCGAAAAAAGCGCCAAGUGGAUGAAGUUUGGGGAUGGGUGCGGCCAUGCGUUUUGCACCGAUUGUCUCGAGGGAUAUGUUAUGGAUUGCGCCAAAUCAUUGACACCAGUGUCCAAAAUGAAGUGUCCGCAACAUGGCUGUCACGGCAGCAUUGGUGAGAAAUUCAUCGAGAAACUGAUGAAAGAUCACCGCAAAACAUCCAAUCGAAUAGAGGAGGCUACGAUCCGUCACUUUGUGUCGUCAUCAUAUGAUUUUAAAUUUUGCAACCAUCCAGGAUGCACUGGUGUGGUUAAGAAAAUGCCGCAGAAAUUUUUUUCAAGGUCAGGGUAUGAUCCAGAUUUGCAAGAUUACUGUGGGGCUGUCUGUACUGCAGGUCCAAAAAAUCGAUGCCCCCCGGGAUCAAGUCCUACGUUAACAUAUGAUGGUGUGGAAGAUUCGAAAUACAACAGUUGUAGGAGUAAGGCACAACCACAGAGAGCUCAUAGAUUUUGCUUCAAAUGCGGAGAAUCGAUGCACUGGCCUGUGCCAUGUGAUAAACUGAAAGAUUGGAAAAAUAAAAUGCGGGAAGAGAUUGGAGAAGUGGAAGAGGAGGAGACUGGUGCAAAUGCAGACGACCUUGCCAUGAAAAUAUGGAUGAAAGCAAAUACAAAAGCAUGCCCACAAUGUGAGGUCUUGAUCGAAAAGAAUGACGGCUGUAAUCACAUGACUUGUGUCAAUCCAUCUUGCCGCUAUGAAUUUUGCUGGAUCUGUCUUCGGGAUUGGAAACUGCAUGGCUCAGCAACAGGUGGUUACUUUCGUUGCAAUAUUUGGAAAGAAGAGGGCGAAGGGGAUAACCCAGAUGCAGCUGCUGCCGCCGCUGCCGAAGCAGUGGUCAAUGCAAAUGAAGGCGACGCUGAAAACGACGACGGCUAUGGAACUGCCAUCUAUUCUGCGAGACAACAGUAUAGAAAACGGCAGGACGUGAAUCGUUUCUUGCACCACUACACCAGAUAUGAAGCACACGGCCAGAGUGCUAGGUUGGAACGCAACAUGGCACAAAACGCGACGAAACGUCUUGCACCUGUGGUUACUGCUGCCAUCGAAUUCGAUGGUUCGCCAGCCUUCAAUUUUAGUGGAAAAGGUCUAUCGUUUAUCCAUUCUGCUUUCACGGAACUCUUGGAAUGUCGUUCAACUUUGAAAUAUAGCUACGCCUAUACUUUCUUUCGAUAUCCUACUUUCUUUCACUUUCGGCGAAUUGACGAACUCAACAACAUUCGAAGAGAGAAGGCGAUGUUUGAGAAGUGUCAGUCUGAGCUUGAAACCAUUACGGAACAAAUGAGCGAUGUGCUGGCAAGAUCACACAUUCGAGCAUCACAGGUCCAAAUUUCAUUUUUGACAGCUACCGCUGCAGAAAAACGGGUCGACUUUUCCAAUUUGAUGUUCACCAUCCUCCAUUCCGAGAGAGGGAAAAAACGAACAAGAUUAGAAGGCCUGCCACCUAAAAAACAGUUCUUGACGGACUAUGCAUCCGACGAUGGUUACGACAGCUACGAGUCGUACAACAAUGGUUACGAUAGCCGAGGAGAAGAGGUCGCUGAAUGGUCUUGUACUGCCUGCACCUACAUCAAUACGAAAAAAGGGAACCAGUGCUCCAUGUGCGGAACACCACGUACUGUAAUGUGA